AUGCAAUUUCCAAAAAGUAUCAAGAUAAAUCAAUGGGACCUACCUGCUAACAAACUCAAACCUCCGAAAGUUAUUACUUUUGAUGCAUACAAUACUCUAUAUUCCACUACUUUACCAGUAAUGGAGCAGUACUGUAAAAUUGGCCUGAAGUAUGGAAUUGAGGCCGACCCGCAACACUUGACUGUGAAAUUCCCUAAAAUAUUCAAAGAUUUAAGGGCAUCACAUCCCAAUUAUGGAAAGUAUACAAAUUUAACACCAAAUGAAUGGUGGGAAACACUAAUAUCUAACAUUUUCGAACCAAUAAAGGUACCCAAAGAAAUGAUCACUGAAAUUUUGAAGACAUUUGAAGGGUUUGGUGCAUAUACCGUCUAUCCGGAUUUACUUGAAUUUCUAAAGAAUAUGAGAGCAGCUUUUCCUGGCACAAUCUUCGGCGUUGUGAGUAACACUGAUCCCAUCAUGCACACACUUAUAAAAAACAUUGGUCUUGCACCCUAUUUCGGAACUCAUGUUUACCUGUCUUAUGAUCUGGAGGUCUCGAAACCAGACCCGAAAAUAUUUGAACACGCAUUAAGUGACAUUGUGACCAAAAACCCCGAAUUACUCGAAAAUAUGUCCUACGAGGAACUCAAGAAAAGGUGUUGGCAUAUCGGGGAUGAAAGAUUGAACGAUAUGAGUGGUGCUUCAAACGCAGGGUGGAAUGGUGUCCUUAUAGACAGAAUGAAUAAAUACAAGUUUCUAGGGAAAUUAUCUGAAGAGAAUGAACGAGAAGAAUAUGAGCUAUACAAGGACAAAAUUGACAAUAACUCGCAGGAAAGCUGGAAAUUGUCUCUAUUCCAAACAGAUGCCAUGCAAAUUGACAAGCGACAAUUUGUGAUAUCCAACUUCAACACAUUAAGUAAAAUGUUCCUUUCCUAA